CCGCAGCUGCAGUGACGGUAAACAGAGCAAAGGUAGCGCAUGGGCAGCCAGCAGGGAAUUAUUCCACAUCGCAUCACAUCCCUGAGCAUACAUGGCGUCCCCACACACCGAGCCAUGAUUUUAGUGUGCAGGCUGAGGGAGUAGCCACCAAUAUUUAUUUUUUUAAAUUAUUAUUUUAUUUUAUUUAUUUCUCAUUCGCAGCCAUCAUCCUUUGCGUCGGUGUGCAGCAGAGGGGGGAAAAUUCAGCGCACAUUGCUACAGUAGAUAUCAUUUUCGAAAUCAGAAAACGAUGGAUGUGGGCUCAUCCGGAUCCACUCCUGCGUAUACGGCGGACGGUUUUUUAUUCCAGCCGCAUCCACAUCUUCCGUAUGUUGCAAGGUGUCUUUGAAAAGGGACCUCUGGAGGAAAUGAGAAGAAAGGUCUAUUUUGACUCACGCCUGUCGAGAUGGAGGCAUCAUUAAGAAGACCUGUACAUUUGAGAUCAAACACACUUCAUUAGAUCAUUAGGGAUCGUUAUUAUUCUGUGUAAGAGCAAAGAGGCAUCGCUGUGACCUGCAGGAUUUUUUUUCUAUGAGCACUGAAUCACAAAGAAGAUUGAUCCCACAGUCGACCCAAUGUAGGAACUGCUCCCUCCGAUUCCCACAACCUCUACUCUUGCUUGGAUUUCAGCAUUCAGUCAAAUCCACCAGGACAGAGUAUGACAUCUGCACCUGUUCACAGAAUCCUACGACCCCUUCUGCUCGGCACUUUCAUACUGGGAUGCUUUGUGACUCUGUUUUUGAUGUAUUUUAAACCAUCCACCAGCUGGUUAUCAGGUCCUGUAGAGUCAACAGUAUCCACAGACCGGGUCAAGAACCUCUUCUCCACCAAGAGCGAUAAAAACGUGACCACCGUGCUGAUCUGGCUCUGGCCCUUCGGACAAACCUACGACCUAAGUGUCUGCAGCUCUCUCUUCAACAUCGAAGGCUGCUUCAUCACAGCAGACAGGAACCUCUACAACAAGUCGGAUGGGGUUGUCAUCCAUCACAGAGACAUCAGCACUGACCUCUCCAACCUGCCGCCGCUCCAGCGACCAUCCUUCCAGAAGUGGAUAUGGAUGAAUUUGGAGUCCCCAUCGCACUCCUCCCAGCUGCCUGGGAUCGAGAAUCUGUUCAAUCUGACUCUCAAUUACCGUCAGGAUGCUGACAUUGAAGUGCCUUAUGGGUCCAUCGUAGCAGCGGAGGGCGAGGAGGACUUCGUCCCACCCAGCAAAAACAAGCUGAUCUGCUGGAUUGUGAGCAACUGGAACCAGGACCACGUGCGGGUGAAAUACUACAAUGAGCUGUACAAACACAUUGAGGUUCACGCAUAUGGACAAGCCUUUGGGGAGUAUAUCUCUGACCAAGACUACUUCCCCACCAUUGCCAGCUGUAAGUUCUACCUGGCAUUUGAGAACUCCAUCCACAAGGACUACAUUACUGAAAAACUCUACAACCCACUCUCUGUGGGGACAGUGCCAGUGGUUCUCGGCCCGGCCAGGCAGAACUACGAGAACUUUAUCCAGGGAGACGCCUUCAUCCACGUGGACGACUUCACCUCGCCCAAGGAGUUGGCUGAUUACCUGCUGCUCCUGGACAAAAAUGAGGAAAUGUACCUCAGGUACUUUGACUGGCGGCGGCACUUCAAAGUAAAGAAGGCCUAUUUCUGGGCAGAGCACACAUGCCUGGCUUGUGAUUACUUGCGUAGGCACAAGGAGUACAAGGCAUUCAAUAACCUUGACAAGUGGUACUGGGGCGGAUAGUGAUUUGAAGGGCUAUGCAGUGCUUAUUUUGUUGUUGAAGGCAGUGCUUUAGAUUUUUGUCCUUCGGUUAACAUGAAGGUUCAUUACUGUUCUGUCCAGAGCUCCCGAAUGAUGUUUUUUUUUAUUGGUUCAGUGGUCCAGUGACACAUCCAUCUUGUUUUUACUUUGUCUUUUUUUUUUUCUGCAAGCCAAUUUUGC